AUGCUGCUUUGGAUUCUGUUCCUGGAGACGUCUCUUUGUUUCGCUGCCGGGAAUGUUACAGGGGACGUUUGUAAAGAGAAGAUCUGCUCGUGCACGGAGAUCGAGGGCGACUUGCACGUCGACUGCGAGAAGAAAGGCUUCACCAGCCUGCAGCGCUUCUCAGCCCCCACUUCCCAGUUUUACCAUUUGUUCCUGCACGGCAAUUCCCUCACUCGCCUUUUCCCCAAUGAGUUCGCUAACUUUUACAAUGCCGUCAGCUUACACAUGGAAAACAACGGCUUGCACGAGAUCGUGCCGGGGGCUUUCCUGGGGCUGCAGCUGGUGAAGCGGCUGCACAUCAACAACAACAAGAUCAAAUCCUUUCGCAAGCAGACCUUCCUGGGGCUGGACGAUCUGGAAUACCUCCAGGCUGAUUUUAAUUUGUUGAGGGAUAUUGACCCGGGGGCCUUCAGGGACUUAAACAAGCUGGAGGUGCUGAUUUUAAACGACAACCUCAUCAGCAUCUUGCCUGCCAACGUGUUCCAGUACGUGCCCAUCACCCACCUGGACCUGCGGGGCAACCGCCUGAAAACCUUGCCUUACGAGGACGUUUUGGAGCAGAUCCCGGGCAUUGCUGAGAUCCUGCUGGAGGAUAACCCUUGGGACUGCACGUGUGAUCUGCUCUCCCUGAAAGAAUGGCUGGAGAACAUCCCUAAAAACGCUCUGAUCGGGCGAGUCAUUUGUGAAGCCCCCACGAGGUUGCAGGGCAAGGAUUUAAACGAGACCACGGAGCAAGAGCUGUGCAGGAAAAACCGAGUGGAUUCCAGCCUAGCUGCUCCCCCUGCAGAAGAGGAGACCUGCGAUCCUGGGCCCAUCCCGACCCCUUUUAAGAUCCAUGGCAAGGAAGAUCCUGCCACCCCGGGCUCUGCUCCUCAUGGUGGUACAAAGAUCCCUGUAAAUUGGCAGAUCAAGACCAGACCUACCGCUGCUGGCUCAACCCUCAGUGUGAAAGGCAAGUCCUCCAGCAGUACACCUUGUCCUGCUACCUGUGUCUGCCACCAGAUCCCAGGAGGAUUCAAGGUGAAUUGCAAUGACGGCAACGUCAGCAGCCUGGUGGAUCUGAAACCCAAGCCCUCCAACGUGCACGAGUUGUUCUUGAGGGGCAACAAGAUCCACACCAUUCGAAAAUCCCAUUUUGUGGAUUACCGGAAACUCAACCUGUUGGACUUGGGCAACAACAACAUUGCCACAAUGGAGAACAACACCUUCAAGAACCUUUUGGAGCUGGUGUGGCUGUACAUGGACAAUAACUAUCUGGACACUCUGUCUCGGGAGAAGUUCAAUGGCUUGCAAAACCUUGAGUACCUAAACAUGGAAUUUAACGUCAUCCAGCUCAUCAUGCCGGGGACAUUUAAUGUCAUGCCCAAGUUGAGGGUCCUCAUCUUGAAUAACAAUCUACUGAGGUCCCUCCCCGUUGAUGUCUUUGCUGGGGUCUCUCUCUCCAAACUCAGCAUCCACAACAACUAUUUCCCGUACCUGCCAGUGGCAGGGGUGCUGGACCAGCUCACCUCUAUCACCCAAAUAGACCUACAUGACAACCCAUGGGACUGUAAGUGCCCCAUUGUCCCUUUCAAACAGUGGGUGGAGAUGUUGCGACCCAAGGUAAUGAUGAAUGACCUGAGAUGUGAGACUCCAGAAGAAUUCUUUAAGGAGGACUUUGAAUCCCUCUCCAACGAGGCCAUUUGCCCUCAACUCAAAGUCUUGCCCACCUUGACUUCAACCCAUAAGAACAGCACUGGCUUGGCUGAGACUGGGACUCAUUCCAACUCCUACCUGGAGACCAGUAGGGUCUCCAUCUCAGUGCUGGUGCCUGGCCUUUUGUUGGUCUUCGUCACUUCUGCCUUCACAGUGGUUGGCAUGCUGGUCUUCAUCUUGAGGAACCGGAAGCGCUCAAAGAGGAGGGAUGCCAACUCCUCAGCCUCUGAGAUCAACUCCUUACAGACAGUCUGUGACUCAUCCUAUUGGCAUAAUGGACCCUACAAUGCAGAUGGAGCCCAUCGAGUGUAUGACUGUGGCUCUCACUCCUUAUCAGACUGA